AAUUGAUACAUUCAAGCCAAGAAUAAAGAAGCAUUUCUGGAAAGUUUCUUCUUGUGUUCCUCCCCAGUCUUUCCUCCCAAAUCUUUAUUUCCAACAAAGUGGUAUUAGAGCUGACUUUCCAGAGAUGAAUAGCACUUUUCCCUUUGUAGUUCCCAAACUUACAAAGGAGAAUUAUGGACAUUGGUGUAUCCGCAUGAAGGCAUUGCUUGGCUCACAGGAAGCAUGGGAGGUUGUUGAGAAAGGCUAUGAUGAACCAGAGAAUGAAGGAGUCUUGAAUCAAAAUCAGAAGAAUGCUUUGCAGAAGCUUCGAAAGCAAGAUCAACAUGCCCUCUCUAUCAUACACAUGGGCUUGGAUGAAGCUCUGUUUGAGAAAGUUGCUACUGCAACAAAGGCUAAGGAAGCCUGGGGGAUUCUUGAGAAUAAUUUUAAAGGAAUUGACAAAGUGAAGAAGGUUCGCCUUCAGACUCUUCGUAGUGAGUUUGAAUCUCUACAUAUGAAGGAGUCUGAAUCUGUUUUCGACUAUUUCACUAGAGUGUCUUCCAUUGUCAAUCAAAUGAAGUGUUAUGGAGAGAAGAUUGAAGAUGUACGUGUUGUGGAGAAGAUUCUCAGGUCACUUGACUCAAAACUUGAGUUUGUGAGUGUUGCCAUUGAAGAAUCAAAUGACCUGGAUUCCAUUACCCUCGAUCAACUCAUGAGGUCCUUGCAAGCAUAUGAAGAAAGACUUAAAAAGAAGCAGGAACCGGUGGCCCAAGUUCUCCAAACUAAGGUCUCUUUGAGAGAACAAGAGCAAGAGCAAGAGCAUGGACGGUCUCAAGGAAGAGGUCAAAGUCGAGGUCGAGGCCGAGGGUUGAGCAAUCAACCACGAGGACAUGGAAAUUAUGGUUCAAAGAGAGGAAGCGGAAGAAGGUAUGACAAGUUCAAUAUUCAAUGUUAUGCUUGUCACAAAUAUGGCCAUUAUGCCAAUGAAUGUAGAAGUUCCUCCACCAACAAUGAGGAGAGGGCUAAUUAUGUUGAAGCAAAAGAAGAAGAAGAAUUGCUGCUGUUGAUGGCAACUAAAGAAGAAAGAGAUAUCGGAGCAUGGUACCUUGACACGGGUGCCGCUAAUCACAUGAGUGGCAACAAAGAGUUGUUUUCAACUCUUAAUGAGGCAGUAAAAGGCAACAUUAUAUUUGGAGAUGAUACCAAAAUCCCAAUCAAAGGCAAAGGUGAUGUUCUCAUCCGUUCAAAAAAUGGAAGUCACCUUUUAAUUACUCAAGUUUAUUAUGUGCCUACUUUGAAAUCUAAUAUUUUGAGCUUGGGACAAUUACUUGAGAUGGGGUAUGAUAUUCAUUUGAAGGAUGGUUGCCUUACUUUGAGAGAUGGUUCAGACAACCUGGUUGCGAAGGUACCUAUGGAGAAGAAUAGAAUGUUUUUGCUCAAUGUUCACGUGGAUCAUCCAAGAAGCUUGAAGACUUGUGUUGAAGAAGCUUCUUGGCUUUGGCACUUGAGACUGGAUGAGAAGAGAUCAAAGCUUGAUGGAAAAAUAGAGAUGCUAAGUUUGAUGAAGGAAGCUCAUGGGAUUGGAAUGUCUCUCAAAAUGAAGAAUAUGUUAUCUUUCCUUUGCAAGAAGGAGAAUCCAGACAAGACACACGGCAAGAUGUUGCUACUCCACCUCACUCUCCUCAUGGAUCUCAAUCACUUGAGGAUUGUUCUUCUGAAGGGCCACUUCGUACAAAAAAAUCUUGCUGAUAUUUAUGAAGAAACUGAGGUGGUUGAUAAUCCAAGUUUCUUUUGUCUCUUUGUUGACAUCGAACCGUUAAAUUUCGAAGAGGCAGCAGUAGACAAGAAAUGGAAGCAUGCAAUGGAUGAAGAGAUUAAAGCAAUCCAAAAGAAUGGCACAUGGGAGCUCGUGACUCUUCCGAAAGGGCAAAAGGCAAUUGGUGUGAAGUGGGUGUACAAAGUGAAGAAAAAUGCUCAAGGGAAAGUGGAGAAAUAUAAGGCAAGGCUUGUUGCAAAGGGUUAUAUCCAGGAAUAUGGCAUUGACUAUGAUGAGGUUUUUGCCCCUGUUGCUCGCUUGGAAACCAUUCGGUUGAUCAUCUCCUUGGUAGCUCAAAACAAGUGGAAAAUUUAUCAAAUGGACGUUAAGUUCGCUUUCUUGAAUGGCUAUCUUGAAGAGGAAGUGUAUGUUCAACAACCAUUGGGAUAUGUUGUCAAGGGACAUGAAGAUAGAGUCUUGAAAUUGAAGAAGGCGUUGUAUGGCUUGAAGCAAGCGCCAAGGGCAUGGUAUAGCCGCAUUGACAAAUAUUUCCAAGACCAUGCCUUCACCAAAUGUCCACAUGAACAUGCUCUUUAUGUCAAAGAAGACAAAACUAGAGGCUUUAUGCUAGUGUGCUUGUAUGUUGAUGACUUGAUCUUCACAGGCAAUAAUGCAAACAUGUUUGAAGAAUUUAAGAAGGCAAUGACUCAAGAAUUUGAGAUGACCGACAUUGGUCUCAUGUGCUACUACCUUGGAAUUGAGGUAAAGCAAAAUGAAGAUGGGAUUUUUAUUUCUCAAGAAGCUUAUGCAAAGAAAGUUCUGGAGAAAUUUGAAAUGGCAAAUUGCAAGCCGGCCAAACAUUCUCUAUGGUGUUGGUCUUGUGAGUUGAUACAUGGAGGCACCUACUUCAACACACAUGAAGAUGGCCAAGAGAGUACUUUGAUAUAUCAAAGUGAUAGUGACUGGGGUGGUGAUGUUGAUGAUCGGAAAAGCACCACCGGCUUUCUAUUUUUCUUGGGUGACACUGCUUUCACUUGGAAGUUGUUGGAGAUGCUGCGCAUACCUCAAGAUGAAGCUACAACCAUUUACAUAGAUAACAAGUCAACUAUUGCUUUGGGAAAGAAUCCAAUGUUUCAUGAUAGAAGCAAGCAUAUAGACACCAGAUAUCACUUCAUAAGGGAGUGCAUUGAGAGGAAAGAUGUAAAGCUUGCCUAUGUGAAGACUAAUGAUCAAAUUGCAGAUAUUUUCACCAAGGCACUGAAGUUUGAAGAUUUUGCAAGACUGCGUGCUUGGAUUGGAGUGACUAGAGGUGAUCAAGUUUAAGAGGGGGUCUUGGAAAAAUAAACUUGAUUUAUUAAUCUCCUAUUUUUAGUCAUGUACAUGCAUAGUUCAUGUGCCUGCAUAGUUCAUGUACCCAUUUAUUUUAUCUUUACAGUUUCUAGGAGUUUCAUUUAACUGUUUUGGGUUUGGAGUCUU